AUGAUGUUGCACAGUCUCAAGAUAACAAGAAAUACAAGGAUGUGCGCAUUACGAUUACCAUCCAAUAAUUAUGGAGUCAUUACGAGGAUGUUAAAUACUCGAUCAUUCCAUAUUUCAAGGACAUCCAGCCUAGCAGCAGUAGCAGCUACAGAGGAUGCUAGUGAAUCGAAGAGUACGACAUCAGGAACAAAUAUGCCACCUGCAAAUGCUACUAAAUUGAGUAAAGAACAAUUAAAAAAGAGAGAAAUAAGAAGAUUAUCUCAACGUAAACAGCAAGCUCGUCAACCUGCAAACUCUCAUCCGUUAUAUAUGGAAGUUGUCGAUGCUUUAAGGUUUAUUCGAGCAGCUGAAGUUGGUAGACCAGAGGGUCAACAAACUAUCACUUUGACUACUUUAAUUGUUAGUGAGAAAGGGACUUCAUUAUUGAAUGGUAAUAUGAAAUUGUUUCGACCAUUAAAGGAGUUGAAGAUUGCUGUUUUCAGUACUGAUAAGGAACUCUUGGAGGAAGUUAAGAGCCAAUUCAAUUGUCAAUUGGUUGGUGGGAAUGAAACUGUAGAGGGGAUUAAAGAUGGUACUAUUCGUGCUAAUUUCGAUGUGGCAUUUGCUACACCUGAAAUUGUACCAUUUAUUAAUUCUCAAUUGGGGAAACAAUUGGGACGUCGUGGUAUUUUGCCCAAUACUAAGAAGGGAACUGUGUCUGAUGAUUUAGUUACGUUAAUGAAUGCUAAGAUGGGGAAUAUUCCAUUUAAACAAACUGGGAAUAAUAUUAGUAUACCUAUUGGUAAAUGUUAUUUUUCAGAUAAGGAUAUCCUAUUAAAUAUCAUUGCCGCUAGAGAUGCAUUCAAAGAAGCAUUGGCUAAUCAAAAAGCUAAGAGACCUAGUAUACUGAGUAAGACUACAUUAUCAAGUACACAUGGUCCUGGAAUAGUAAUUGAUUUCGUGUAA